CAGAGCCCGCGUUUGAGCUUCUGCCUCUCUCUAUUUGGUGGCCUUUUGCCGCCUCUAUUCCUCUCAUCUCUCAUUGAUAGUAAUGGCGGCUCAGCUGCUCCGCUCGGCCUGGCAUGCCAGCCGCAGGGUCACCGCCCCGCGUUUCGCGUUGGGCUCCUUCGAUCAGCGGCUUCCGUCUGUGUUCUGGGGCCGCAGGCUACUUUCUGCCGCGCCGCAGGUCGCGGCUUCGGGCGCAUCGGUGGCGGUUGAGGCGGAGGCGGCGAGGCUGAGGAAUGUGGCAGUGAUUGCUCAUGUGGACCAUGGAAAGACCACGCUCAUGGACCGUCUGCUCAGGCAGUGCGGUGCCGAUAUCCCUCACGAGCGAGCCCUUGAUUCGAUUACGCUCGAACGUGAGCGCGGCAUCACCAUUGCCUCCAAGGUGACUUCUAUAUCUUGGAAGGAAAAUGAACUUAACAUGGUUGACACUCCUGGACAUGCUGAUUUUGGCGGUGAAGUUGAGCGAGUUGUUGGUAUGGUGGAAGGAGCAAUUUUGGUUGUAGAUGCUGGUGAAGGCCCACUUGCACAGACAAAGUUUGUUCUUGCAAAAGCUUUAAAAUAUGGGUUGCGCCCAAUACUACUCCUCAACAAAGUAGAUCGACCAUCCGUUUCAGAAGAGAGGUGUGAUGAGGUGGAGAGCUUGGUGUUUGAUCUCUUUGCAAAUCUUGGCGCCUCAGAGGAACAACUAGAUUUUCCCGUUUUUUAUGCAUCUGCGAAAGAAGGUUGGGCUUCUUCCACCUUCACUAAAGCUCCUGCUGAUGAUGUGAAGAACAUGUCACCUUUGCUUGAUGCCAUUAUAAAAUAUGUACCUCCACCCAAGACAAAUGUUGAUGCUCCUUUCCAGAUGCUGGUGUCUAUGAUGGAACGUGAUUUCUAUCUUGGAAGGAUAUUAACUGGUCGCAUUUAUUCGGGAGUCAUUCAUGUUGGUGACAGGGUGCAUGGCCUUCGUCAAACAGAAACAAGUGUAGAGAAAAUUGAAGAAGGAAAGGUGGUAAAACUUAUGAAAAAGAAGGGCACAAGCACGGUUCUCAUCAAUAGUGCAGUUGCUGGUGAUAUUGUUUCUGUGGCUGGAUUGACAAGGCCUUCAAUUGGCUACACAUUGUCAAGUGUGGAGGUUAUGUCUGCAUUGCCUACUGUUGAGCUGGAUCCUCCUACAAUUUCCAUGACAUUUGGUGUCAAUGUUUCUCCACUAGCUGGGCGUGAUGGAACUCAUCUUACGGGAGGAAAAAUUGGUGACCGGCUAGUGGCAGAAGCUGAAACCAAUCUUGCCAUAAACGUGAUCCCGGGCUUGUUAGAUACUUAUGAAGUUCAGGGGAGGGGCGAGCUUCAACUGGGUAUUUUAAUUGAGAACAUGAGGCGUGAAGGAUUUGAGCUUUCUGUAUCACCACCAAGGGUCAUGUACAAAACAACCGAGAAAGGUGAGAAGCUUGAGCCUUUAGAAGAAGUGACAGUUGAGGUGAAUGAGGAGCAUGUGGGACUUGUGAUGGAAGCACUAUCGCAUAGACGAGCUGAAGUUGUUGAUAUGGGUCCUGUUCCUGGUCAUGUUGGCAGGACGAGGAUGUCUUUGACUUGCCCAUCACGAGGGCUGGUUGGCUAUAGAAGUGUUUUCAGCAGUGAUACACACGGCACUGGAUUCAUGCAUCGUGCUUUUCUGACCCAUUCAAAACAUCGUGGACCUCUUGGAAAUGUUAGGAAAGGUGUAUUGGUAUCAGUGGGGAAUGGAACCAUCACUGCUUAUGCACUAAUGAGUUUAGAAGCAAGAGGAGUUAUGUUUGUUUCUCCAGGCAUGGAGACGUAUGAUGGAAUGAUUAUUGGUGAACACUCUCGUGACACUGAUCUGGAUGUUAAUCCUGUGCGUGCAAAGGAGUUGACCAAUGUACGUGCUGCUGGGAAGGAUGAAAAUGUGCAGUUAUCCCCCCCUCGUCUGAUGACUCUCGAAGAGGCAAUCGGGUAUGUUGCAGCAGAUGAACUUAUCGAGGUUACACCUAAAGUAGUGCGUUUAAGGAAGAGAUAUUUGGAUGCUGGCAAAAGGAAAUUGAUGCGAAAUAAGCCAAUGGACUGAAGAUUUUCCCUUGAGACAAUUUUGAUAAUUCUUUCCUUUUCAAUUAGGAGAAAAUGAGAGAAAUUUUUUUAAUUUUUGUACAAUGUUUUGCUUCACAUUUGUCCAAUGUAACAUAAUAAGUUUUGAAUUGGUUCCAACGGACAUUAAAUUAUAGGAGUUAUACUCUGUAAUAUUGACCUUGUUCCCAAGCAUGUAAAAUUUUUACAUUCGUAUAAAAAUUCAAUCUAAGUGAUACAUGCAA